AUGGCAUGCAAGAAAAAUGUUAAUUGUCGAAUUGUGGAUCACCAUCUCAUUUUUCACAAGUACCUUCAGCCAGGAGAUCUAGUCUUUGGUGGCCUCCUUUGUCAAACCUUCUUUGUCUCCACACCAAAGAUUUUUGAUGAACCACCACCGCCAACAUACGAUGAAGAGUACCUGGUAUUGACUCAGAACUACCAGCAUAUCCUGGCCAUGGUCUUUGCAAUAAAGGAAAUCAAUGAAGAUCCCCACAUCUUACCCAACAUUACUUUUGGAUUCCAUAUCUAUGAUAGUCAUAUAAACACCAGGUGGGCUUUUCGUUCUGCAAUGCAACUAAUUUCUCCAAAGAAGCAAUUUCUCCCCAAUUACCAUUGUGACACAAAAGGACAUCUUUUUGCAGUCAUCGAGGGACUUGAUAUUGAAUCCUCUCAUCGAAUACCAAAGCUUUUGUCUGUCUACAAGAUUCCUCAGCUGUCCUAUGGCUCUGCUCCAGUGAUGAUGGAUCACACCCAAGCCCCUUACUUCUACCAAAUGGUCCCAAACGAAGCCCUUCAGUACAGGGAGAUUCUCAAAUUACUUCUCUAUUUCAGGUGGACCUGGGUUGGAUUUUUCACUGGAACUGGAAUUGAUACAGAAUGGAUAUUUCAAGUUAUGGUUCCAGAAUUUUCCACUCAUGGCAUUUGCUUUGCUUUUAUAGACACAGUCUACAAUGUAGGCAUGGACAAUGAACAUGGGGGUAUAAUGAAAUGGUCAUUUAAACUGUGGAAUAGAAUCAUGACCAGCACAGCUAAUGUAUUUCUCCUCUUUGGUGAUCUUCGCACUCUAGUGAUUUUGGACUGGUUGCUAGGUAUACGAAGAGAGAUUGAAGAAAUAACCACAGCACAAGGCAGAGUGUGGAUUUUGACUGCUCAGCUAGAGUUUAAGAACUAUGACAAGGAAGGGGAUCUGAGAGUUGCUAGGCUGGUCUACCAUGGGGCUUUGUCCUUAUCUGUCCAUUCCAAGGAGCUGCCUGGAUUUCAGCAAUUCAUUCAGGACAGAAAGCCUUCCAAUGCAAAAGAAGAUUUCUUAUUAAGGGACUUUUGGUCUUAUGCUUUUGGAUGUUCCUUCCCCAACUGGGUUCUGAACCAUACCAAUAGUGAUCUCUGCACUGGACAGGAGAGGCUGGAGAAUCUUCUUGAAAUCCAUUUAGAAAAAUCCAUUACUGGGCAGAGCUACAGCAUCUAUAAUGCUGUCUUUGCUGUGGCUCAUGCUUUGCAUGCCAUGUAUUCAUCCAGAUCCAAGCACAAAAGAAUGCUGGAGAGGGAGAGACGGACAUUUCUGACUCAGCAGCCGUGGGAGCUCCUCCAUUUUCUGAAGCAAGUGUCUUUUAAUAAUACCAUAGGGGAACAGAUUUCCUUUGACCAGAAUGGUGUAUUUCUAACAAAAUUUGAUGCUAUGAACUGGGUUUUGUUUCCAAACAAGUCCUUUGUUAAAGUAAAAAUUGGAACGAUCAACUCCCAAGCAUCAAGAGACCAAAAAUGGACUAUGAACAAAAAUCCCAUUGGCUGGCACAGUUGGUUUAACCAGGUGCAACCCCUCUCAGUCUGUAACAACAAGUGCCAGCCUGGUUACAGGAAACAAAAGAGAGAAGGGGAGCCCUUCUGCUGCUAUGAUUGCAUUCUCUGUCCAGAAGAUAAGAUUUCUGAGUGGGAAGAUAUGCCUGACUGUGUAGAGUGUAAAGAAGAUCAUUAUCCAAACAAGCAUCAGGAUAUCUGCAUCCCCAAAACUGUAACUUUUUUAUCCUAUAAUGAACCCAUGGGAAUGGGUUUAGUCACUGGGGCUCUUUUCCUUUCCCUGAUCACUGUUGCCUUGUUAAGAACAUUUAUAGUGCACCACAACACUCCCAUCGUCAAAGCCAAUAACCGGGAUCUCACCUACACUCUUCUCAUCUCUCUCCUGCUCUGCUUCCUCUGUACAUUGCUUUUUAUUGGGCAGCCGCAGAAGGUGAUGUGUGUCCUGCAGCAAUCGGUUUUUGGCAUUGUCUUCUCAGUGGCUGUUUCUUCGGUAUUGGCCAAAACCAUCACUGUGGUUCUGGCAUUCCUGGCCACCCAGCCAGGAAAAAAGAGGACUAUGUGGAUGGGGAAAGGGCUGGCCAAUUCCAUUGUUAUUUCUUGUACUCUUAUUCAAGUAGGUAUUUGUGCCGUGUGGCUGGCAACCAGCCCCCCAUUCCCAGAUGCUGAUAUGUACUCAGGAAGGGGUGAAAUUACCCUGGAAUGUAAUGAGGCAUCCCCCAUCAUGUUUUACAGUGUGAUUGGAUACAUGGGCUUUUUAGCCAUUGCCAGCUUCAUUGUGGCUUUCUUUGCCAGGAAUUUACCUGAUAGUUUCAAUGAAGCCAAAUCUAUCACUUUCAGCAUGGUAGUGUUCUGCAGUGUGUGGCUGUCAUUUGUCCCAACCUACCUGAGCACCAAAGGAAAAUACAUGGUUGCUGUGGAGGUUUUCUCUAUUUUAGCUUCCAGUGCUGGAUUGCUGAGUUUCAUAUUUUUCCCCAAAUGGUACAUUCUUGUUGUGAGGCCUGAACUGAACAACCGGGAGCAUCUUAAGUGGAGAAACCACUGA